CCUGUAGGUACUGCUGUUCUUUUAAAGUUAAAAACUUUCCGGUUUUUUGGCUUCGUCUUGUUAGGAAAACGAAAAAACCCUAGAGUCUUCUGUGUUCAACUUGGGUCUUCUAGUUCACUCAAUCAAGGAAAAUGACUGGAGAAGCAGUAAAUCCGAAGGCAUACCCACUGGCCGAUGCUCAGCUAACCAUAACCAUACUGGAUCUCAUUCAGCAAGCCGCCAACUAUAAGCAGCUCAAAAAGGGUGCUAAUGAAGCAACUAAGACUCUAAAUAGGGGUAUUUCGGAGUUUAUUGUCAUGGCAGCUGACACGGAACCUCUAGAGAUCCUUCUCCAUCUUCCCCUGCUUGCUGAGGACAAGAAUGUUCCAUAUGUGUUUGUCCCUUCUAAGCAAGCCCUUGGUCGAGCAUGUGGAGUCACAAGGCCUGUCAUUUCUUGUUCUGUGACGAGCAACGAGGGAAGCCAGUUAAAAUCCCAAAUAGAGCAACUGAAGGGUGCUAUUGAGAAACUCCUGAUCUGAAAUUUUGCUUUAAACUUCAGUGUGAUGGGCCUCUAGGAUCAGUAAUUUAGAUAUUCCAGAGGCUUUGACUGAUGAAGUUGUGCCAUUGGAAAGGUCCUUUUUCUACUUGAAGGCAUUUUCUAUGUUGUCAUAUGAGUGUAAGCAUCUGAUUUCUCGAGUACUGUCAUAGAUGUGGAUGUCUAUUGAAUUUCAAGAUUACCUUUUUCAUU